UUACAAGGGGAUGGGCGGCCUUGCUAAAGUGGGUCAUUGUAGGUAAGAUAAGGGCCAAGGCCGUCAAUCCACUACCAAAUUGGGGAGCCCAAAAUGGGGCUUUACCUGUUGCAUUAUCUUUAUCUCUCGGUCAAAAACUCUAAAACACGGAGCAGUCCAACAGCUACCAUAGCAUUUUCAUUUUUCCGCCAAAAAUGGCAGCGGCCACAUCUCUCCAUCUAUACCAUACGUGGCAAUCACUGCCCAACCACAAUCGAUUCAUCACUAAAUCACGGCCGUCAAUUCGGCCGAGUAUCACUUGCUACGCUUCUCACUCCACAAACAAGUGGAAGAGGGAUUACACAAGCGUAAUGAUAGUGCCAACGGGAGUGGGGGCCAGCAUUGGAGGGUUUGCCGGUGAUGCUCUGCCUGUUGCUCGCGCCUUAUCCUCUGUUGUUGAUUGUCUCAUUUCACAUCCGAAUGUUCUUAAUGCAGCAAUGUUAUACUGGCCCAUGCCCAAUGUAAUGUAUGUAGAAGGUUAUGCUCUAGACAGAUUCGCACAAGGAUUAUGGGCUCUGCGACCCGUUCAUCAAAACAAGGUGGGAUUGGUUCUUGAUGCUGGCAUAGAAGAAAAUCUUCGAAUCCGCCAUUUGCAAGUGGUGGAUGCCACAAGGGCUUCGCUUGGAUUGCCGGUUGUUGAAUAUGUUGUCACUGACACCCCAUUAGAGGUGGAAAAGUGGAUAAAUCCAACAACUGGGCAAUCAACAGGUAGGAUUAAGCACCCUGAUUCUUUACUCCGAGCUGUUAAGAAUUUAGUGGAACGAUCGCAGGUGGAUGCUGUUGCUGUUGUUGGGCGCUUCCCAGAUGAUGAAGCGGAUGACCUUGAUGACUAUCGACUUGGAAUUGUAAGGCAAUUAUUUUUUCUACUUGACUUUUUGAGUGAUGUGCAAAGUAUCUAUUAUGUUUACCAUCUGGAAGGUCUUUAUAAAUGCACAUAGAAGGCAAAAGUUUCUAAUAAUAAUUU